CAGCAACCCUUUGAUAAGGAGCAGCGUGCGACAAUAAGGGGUGGCCAAAGGCCAUGUAGACGUGCUCGCUGCUCGACACACCUCUUAGAUCACCCCAAAAGAGACGAUACUUCUCCGCGGCCCGGCGCAACAAUGGCGACCUCAGCGGAGGAACCGAGAGCGGUGGCGUAACCUGCUUCAUGGCCGGACUGCCGACGAGCUUACUACUGUUAGGGUUCACCAUUCUGGAUUCGCGAAGCAUAAGGGGCCAUAAUCUUGGGGAUCUGGGAAUCCGCCAUGGCGCUUCGUUGGUCGAGCAGCGGCUACAGGUGUUAACUGUUGGCCCUGGUUACAGGAAACUUCCUUUCGAGGCUGAUAUUGUGUCCAUUUCAGCUUACCAGAUCGAGCACAAAGAAACCGUCCAGCAUGCUUGUGGCCAACCUGGAGAUGAGAGGACACAUGAUCUUCGAUUACCACUGAGAUCGGAAACCGCUGACAGCCAACAUCUCCAUGCCAUACGGGAGAACAUCAGAACCACUUGAGCCAUUCUUCAAAUCGUGCGUUCAGGUUGGUGCUGACGCAAAGGGUGUAUUCUUUCUUUACUUUGUUGAAGCGUUGCAGGGCCAC